CUGUCCCCACCCACAGACCUCCGCACUUAGAUCCGGGCUCUGGAGAGGUGUCGGUUCUGUCGCCUUGCGUUGCCUGGUCUGUUUGCACCGUCAGCCCAGCGUAGUUCCAGCCGCUUCCUCGGCAUCAUGACGGACCGCUCCACCUUCGACACCAACGUGGUGACCCUGACCCGCUUCGUGGUCGAGGAGGGGCGGAAAGCGCGCGGCACCGGGGAGCUCACCCAGCUGCUCAACGCCCUCUGCACCGCUAUCAAGGCCAUCUCCACCGCCGUGCGGAAAGCGGGCAUCGCCAACCUUUAUGGGAUUUCUGGCUCCACCAAUGUGACAGGAGACCAAGUGAAGAAGUUGGAUGUCCUUUCCAAUGACAUGGUGAUCAACAUGCUCAAGUCCUCUUUCACAACUUGUAUGAUUGUAUCUGAAGAAAACAAAGAAGCCCUCAUUGUGGAAGCUGACAAACAAGGUAAAUACAUAGUCUGCAUAGAUCCACUUGAUGGCUCAUCUAAUAUUGACUGCCUUGUGUCGAUUGGAACCAUUUUUGCCAUCUACAGAAAGGUUUCCCCUGGUGCUCCUUCUGAGAAAGAUGCUCUGCAGCCUGGACGUAAUCUUGUGGCAGCUGGUUAUGCCCUCUAUGGUAGUGCCACAAUGCUUGUUUUGGCUGUUGACAGUGGUGUCAACUGCUUUAUGCUUGAUCCAGCUAUUGGGGAGUUCAUUUUAGUCAACAAAGAUGUAAAAAUCAAGAAAAAAGGAAAUAUCUACAGUAUCAAUGAAGGAUAUUCCACUUACUUUGACCCUGCUGUGACAGAAUAUCUUAAGAAGAAGAAAUUCCCAGAGGAUGGUAGUUCUCCCUAUGGCAGCAGGUACAUAGGUUCCAUGGUUGCUGAUGUGCAUCGUACUUUGGUGUAUGGAGGAAUCUUUUUAUACCCAGCCAACUCAAAGAGCCCCAAGGGAAAGUUGAGAUUGUUAUAUGAGUGCAACCCCAUGGCAUUCAUCGUAGAAAAGGCUGGAGGACAUGCGACAACCGGAAAGGAAGCAGUCCUGGACAUUAUGCCAGAAAACAUUCACCAGCGUGUGCCUAUUGUCUUGGGAUCUCCAGAUGAUGUACAAGAAUACAUAGAUCUGGUGAAAAAGCAUUCAGCUAAGUGAGGAGGAAAAGAUGACUGCUACCACUUCAACUACAGUUUAAAUGCCUUGGACCAAAGAUCUUAUUUGUGCAAUACUACUGACUAUGAAACAAGGUUUUUUGGGGUACAAAUGAGCCACAUCAUGAAGUUUUAUACGCAUAAAAAUUAAAUGCGAUGCUGUUGCCAUUAAAAGCACAUGUAAAGUCAGUGUUUUGUUUUUUAAUUACUUUUUAUUGAGACUUCUUAAAAGGCAAACAAAAGCAGCAACCAAGAACACAAAAAAACUACAUUGAAAAAGGCAAAAAGGGCUCCUUAUAGCCCUUGAGCCAAAUAUAAUAAUUAAUGAAUUUACCAUUUGUUCUGUAGUUAGAGUUAAUUCUUAAUUAAUAUUAAUAAAAAUCACACCUUUCUCUA